CCUCAGUCAGUAUCGGUCCUACCAGCGUUAAUCUAAGUCCAGCCCGUUUUUCCCUGUCCUCCAGUUACUACGGUGGCCGAGAAGGGCGAAACACAAAAACAAACUCGGGAACAUUUUUACAUUUUGUAAAACACACUAACAAGUUUCGAAACACUUUUACAAGUUUUUUACGAAAAUUGCAUUUUAGAAAAAACUUUUGCAAGUUCCGGAACAAAAUAACAUCUUAGAAAACAUUUUUGCAAGUUCAAAAAAACAUUUUUGCAAGUUCAUUUUUCUUACGGAAAGGGAAUGCUCAAGCUCAGAGGUUGAGCCGGAAAUGACAAGGAAAACGCGCAAAUUCUAGUUUUCACCCAUUGAAGAUGGACGGCGACGGCGACAGUCGCGUUUUGUCCGUUUUGUGGUAAGCACAUCAGCCAACUAUCACGGUUUUGUUUCUCGUGUGGCCGGUCCCUCGAGUUUCUGACGGAAGGACCAAACAAACCGGCAACCUCUGCACAGCCGGAUAAUGCAAAGCAAAGUAAGUGCAGCAUAACGCUUGCUAGUAUGUGAAUGAAAGUGAAUAUCGCUAUUGGUUAGGUUAGUGGCCGCUAACUUUCUGUGUUGUACAUUUCAGCAGGAAAACCUUGCCCAUCAUUCAAACAAUUUGUCGACUACAGAAGCGCGAAGACUAAAGAACGCGAGGGGUUUAAUUACGGGUCGAGAGGGAAACAUAGCUACAAGAAGACUACAGAAAGGAAACCGGUCCAGGCCUACAUGUAUUGUGUUCUGUUUUGUGUAGUAUGUUUGUGUUGUUGUUCUGUCUCCUCCUCCUGUUUUCAUUCUCCAAGUUCUUAGAUGUGCGCACCUGGUCCCGAUCACCAAAUCACCACACCUGUUCCAGAUCUCCCAUCAACCAUUCCCCUUUAAAUAGUCCUGUGUUUGUUUGUCAGGGUGGAGUGCUUUGGUUUGAGCUGUGGCAGAGCUUUGGUUGAGCUCUGUUGGCUUGUUUUUGGAGUGUAUUUGGAGUGUAUUUGCUAGUGUUUACUAGUGGUUGCGAGUGCUUGGUUUCUUUGUUGGUUUAUUGUAUUGUCUUUAGCUAUUACACAUUUUUGUUUAAACCUUAUUACUUUAGUUGUUAGCAGCCUACUUUAGUUUUGUCUUUGUCUUUGUUAAUUAUUUUGUUGUGCGCACAGGGUCAAUAAGGAUAGGUAAGAUACCCUGGGGUUUACAUAUUUCAUACACGUAGGUUUACCCGUUGUUAAUACCCUAGGUUAGAGUGAGCACCACCCACUGUACUUUUUCGGUGCAAAACACCUGUCAAUGGGGGGUUGGGUUUUGUUAUGUUCUUUUCUUUGGUGCCACUGACAGUCCUUGUUGAUCCCUGUGUUGCCUUUUUUUGUACAUAAACACUUUAUAUUGAAUUCACCUUUUGUCCUGGAUUUUGUGUGACUGCACCCUCACUUGCCCAAACCUGUCCUUAUGUUGCGUCCUACUCCGAGCCACCAGGGGGGGCGUAACAAUGAUAUGCAACACGAGGGGUUCCGUAACGUCAGAGCGUCUCAUUCCUUGGAGUUUUCGGCCUACAUCAUUCAAAUAUUAGCAUUGUCUGCCAUCGUGUGCAGUUUGGUAGCUGCCUAGUUCACCCCUAUGAUACUGUAUGACUGUACUGACUGUUUGAAUGAAGGAAUGAAUGACGUUAAACUCCAAGGAGUAAAUGUGGGAAUUAGGUUAAACUGAAACAAGGGAUGUGGUGUAUAAGUGUAUGAAAUGAAGUGUUAACAAAUUCUUAAGAUUCUUCACAUGCAUAGAAAUAUUUGCAGAUACACAUGCUGUUGAAACAUUAAUUUUGUAUUUUUCACCAAACAAGUCAGUGCAACAUAUGCACAACAGAACACAUCUACCAGCUCUACCCCUACCUCUCACUCUUCCUACCCCUCUCAUUCUCAUCCUCCCUCUUCUUUUCCUCUCUCUGCAACAUGAUAAUUAUAUACACUGAUGUUUUACGGCCACAUAAUGGUUGCGAUGUAGGUCUUAAUUUUCAUUGAAGUGGUCUAAAAAGUCCUUCAUUUGGGAUUAUCAAACCUGGGGAAACCUCGACUGUCUGACUCGAGAUGACUCGUAAAUCGAUCUGUGUCACGCUAGAUUUAUUGUACAGACUUAAGUUAAAAGAAAAAAGUAAUAUAUAUUGAAGUGGGUAUCUUUACGUAGAUUUUAGGGCAUAUAGCGCUCUAGACAUAAUAACAGAAGCUCUCAUGCAGGGCGAGAUGCUUUGCCGAAGCAAUUGGGCAAAAGUAUUUUGAGAGCUUCAAGCUUAUGGACAUGUUCGGCUCAUUAUGAAACUGGUGGCACAAAUUUGACCAUGGAGGGACACUACAUUCUGUGUAUUAUGUACCGGUAGUCUUUUGUUUUCCAUAUGUUUAAUACAUGAAAUGUAUCUUAUCUUUGUCAUUUUUAUUAAAUAAACAUUGGAUUGAUGGUGUGGAUUGGAACAGAGGUAAAACCUCUAAGAGGGAAAAUGCUUCCAGUAUUUGUUGACCCAGAGAUAGCAGCACCAGAAUUGCUCAAACAAGCUGUCCAGAAGAUGACAAAAUUUAAUAAGGACGUGCAAGACGGAAAGUACAUCCUUUUGUAUCCGGACCGGUCAGAGGUGGUCCAUCUGCCUGGAUCCGAAAGGCCAUUCAAAUUGGCCGAGUACAAAAAGGAGCUUGGAAGGCCAUAUGGCAGGAUCACCCUCUUCAUUUGCCUUGAAACUGAUUUUAAAGGAGUAGCGGAUGAUACUUCAGAGUCGGAUUCUGAAAUUGACAUCCCAUCAAGGAGCACAGUCGAAUUUAAUCGAGCUGACACAGUGGUUUUUGAACCCCAAAACCAAAGUACUCCCAGACCUAAACCUAGAGAUGAAAGAGAUGAACCAGGACCUUCGGGAAUGGUUCCGACUGUGGUCAUAUCAGAUGCUGAGGACAUGGAUCCAACUCAGUCAGACAAGACUUGCUACAGAAAAUACACAGACCUGUAUUCACCAGGUGUUGAAGAAGAUGAGGAGCUGGUUGCAGUAGUCAGUGUGGAUAAUUUCCAAGACACAGCAGUGUAAAAUUAGCUUUUUGAGUGUGGCAUUCCAGUUUUUCCAUUGUACA